AUGUCGGCUCUUCCUCCGUCUCCAAGCCUGUUGCGCGAUGGCCUCAAGUCGGACGCAGAACCUUUCCUCAACGAGGUCGAAGACUCGCGCGUGCCUCUUACCACCACGAGAUCUCUCCAUGCCGUACCGUACAAAGGUACGGUUCUGAAGCUGUUCAGCUUUGUGGUUGCGGCUUUUGUGUUAGUCUUUGGGCAACAUUUGUUCUACCUCCACCUUCAAGGUAAAAUCGUCGAUGAACACAGAUUGAGUCAAGCUUGGAUCGGGCGUAUCACGCAGGGUUUCGGCUUCUUGUUCAAGACUUUAUUGGUAACAGCAAUCGGCAUUGCUUUCGAUCAAGUGCUUUCGAAAGUGCUUUCGCAUACUAUUAUAAUGGUUCAGAAUAUUCCGGAAACUAAGAAGCGGCAGUGCUUCACUUGCGUGCUGCACAACGCGACUUACGACCUCAAUGUGAACUAUGUCAACAACAUCCCUCAGGUUAACAUCGAAACCGUGGUCCAUGAACCCCUGAGUUCUACUCUGGUGGACGACAAGCUGCAGGAUGCGUUGAAUGCGUCCUUGGGGUAUCCUGAAACUACCACGAUGGUUAGCGGACAAACCUUUAAUGUUGAGCCGUAUAUGGAUGAGGAGUCAUGGUCUCUACUGAACUUCGUGGCCAUAAAGGAUGCUUUCGUUCAAUAUCUUCGCGGAACUGUGACUUCCGGUCAGGGUACAGUACCGCCCGUGGCAGAUUCUGGCUUGCUUGUUCUGUCCACCAGUCUCGUCACAGGGCUCAAUGGGAGCGCAGAAAACCAAGUGACUUUUCUUCCCAACCUGGCUGGCAGUUUUGAAGAGCUCUUUCGAAAUGUCACCGUCAACUUGCUUUCUUCGAAGAGCCCCGCGGUGAGAACAUUUACCAGAAACGCUACGGUAACCGUGGUUCACAACAUCUACUAUUAUAGCGACCACGAACGGUUCAUCUUCUGGGUCUCUUCAGGAGCCGGUCUGGGGGUUGCUGUGCUCUGCAUCUUCAUCGGCAGCUUCUGCCUUUUGCGUAACUCCUUUGCCGGUGAACGAAGCUUUUCAUAUGUUCUGAUCAGUACUCGUAACCCGAGUCUGGAUGGACUUUGCGAAGGGUCCAUUCUAGGAGCAAAGGAUAAUCAGUUGAAUAAGCAGAAUCUCGUAUUCGGUCCCCUUCGUGCUACCGGCAAUGCACCUGUCAGUGAUGAACUUCGCUUCGGUCUCCCUGGGGGUGCCGGUUCUCAAACGUCCGGCUCAGCGCCUGUGCGGUGA